AUGCAAAAUUUGAGGGGAUUUAAACUUGAAUUACUCGGUACACUUUUCAUCAACGACGACGAACGUCCGGAAGUAAAGCUUGGAAGUGGAUAUUCGAGUUUUAUCGAUCUAUACGUGAGUGUGAAACAAGGAGGUGUGAAAGUGUGGUCAGUAGUUCAAGAGGAUAAGUUUGCGUUAGACAAAGGUUUGACCAUGUUAGAUGGAAAACCUUUAAUUGGUAAGUCAGGUUUGGAUGUUACAACUUCUGAACAUGUGGAUUUGAAUGGUGAAAGAAAUGGAGAAAGUAAGACUGUGAUGGUUGCAUUGAGAGGGUUGAGCAUUCAUGUUGCCACAUUCCUAGUAAGAUUAGCUUCAAGAAAUGUUGGCAUUAACAAUCCAUUUGUUACUAUGGCCAAAAUAUUUUACUGCAUGGAAUCUGAAAAAGUGCCUGAAGGCUUCAUCGAUUUUUUAAAGUGGAAAUUCAGAACAUACGAAACUGUUCCUUACACUAAACGAUCACGUUAUCUUUAUCUAUCCAUGGCUUUAGAGAGAAAAGGCGGUGAGAAGCAGUUUGAAGAAUUCAAACAAAGUUUCCUAGGAGAAGCAUUGUUGCCUCCUUUACAUCCACAUACUGUCCGGGCUACAAAGAUUCUCAAUAAUAUUUUUGAUGCAUUGCAGACAGAGAGGAACAAAAUGAGGUCUGCUUCUGAUUAUAGCUUUUUGCAACUUGUUUGGUUGCGUCUUAUUCGAAGGCCACCUCCUUCUAUGUCGCAUUUGGAUGGAUUAAAUUGGGAGAUUUUGGUUGUCAAUGCUUCUGAUUUAACUUGCCAAUGUUACCCCGGUGGGAAGGUGAUUCUAUCCGAGGUUGCCAUUCACCAUUUUUCAACUGAUGCAGAGAUUGCAACUUUUAUUUCACACGAGGUUGCACAUAUUGUGGCUCGACACAUUGCAGAAAAAGUUGUAAAAGUAAAGAGUGUGUGGACUUUAAUUGUGCAUAUGGUGCUUGAGAAAUUUAUCAGCAUUGAUUAUUAUAAGCAAGUGUGGCCACUUGUCUCAAGACUACCUUUCAACCGACGGUUUGAAAUCGAAGCUGAUUACAUCGGGCUUCUACUAAUGGCAGCAGCUGGCUAUGAUCCUCGGGUGGCACUUAAAGUAUACGAAAAGAUUGGAACAUUAGAAAGACAUGACAACGAUUCUAUGCUUACACGUUUUUUCGUUACCCAUCCUUCAGGAAGAAAAAGAGCCAAAGCAUUGGCUCGGCCCAAGAUAAUGAAAGAAGCUCUUGUUUUAUAUAAUGACGUAACCACAAGGUGUGGGGUUGAAUGA